AUGACCAAAGAAACUAAGAAACCCAGUAAACUGUCUUUAAAAAAAUCGGCACCGGUGCCUAGUGUGGUGCAACAUGUAGUUGUAAGUGCAUCAUCACAAAACAUAUUGUUACCAAAGCGAGGUCCUUUUAUCAAACGAGGCCCCAUUAGUGGUGAUAAAAGGAAGGCGAGCGACCCUACAACUGCAGGACCAUCUAAAUUACGAGCUCCUGAUGCAAAUAAAACGGUGCUACACCCAGUGGAUGAAUUGGGCAACAAACCCCUACUGGAUGAUCAAUAUAGCAUCAUUACUAUAACAUCAGACGAUGAAUCAAGGUCUGAUAAUCUCAGAUCAACCGUAACGACUCAUUUAGGCCGAACAUUAGAAAUUGACGAUCUCCUCAAAGAACUUGAAGGUGGACAUGGUUCUAACGGAUACGAUUCGAAUCGAAUUAUUCCAACGCCGCACCUGUCGGAGGAAAUAAGAUCCCCACCACCACCAUCUCUGGUAAUGCCACCGCCGGAAACACCAACGGAGCAAAACAACUCAAAGGGCAAAGAUAUAAAUGCUAUGAUACAAAUGUAUCAGGCCGAGUUCCAGCAGCCAUUUUCUCCGGAACUUCCUACUCCAAUUCAUGCCUCAUCGAUUACCAUUACCCCCAAAGCGUUGGUGGAGGAAACUAUCGCGCGGCUACAAAACAUGCAACCGAUCUACCAUGACAGAUUAAUGGUAGCUCGGAACCGUACGGUACGACUUGUUGCCGAGUUGGACGCCUCGCGCGACGAAGAGAAGUGCCUUGAAAAUGAAUUGAAGUGCAUAGCGGAAUAA